CCUUCCUGGAAACUCCUGUGCAGAGAAUCUUCUGUUGACUCGUACCUCCAUUCUUCUGUUAAAUGACAGAUAAACAGCACCAGCAGCUCAAUAUGUUUCAUUUCAGUUUUCAAGCAGCGAGUGGCAAUGGAGUCUUUUCAGGGGGCAAAGUAUGUGAGACUUCGAAGCCACCAUGACAAAUAUCUUUGUGCGGGAGAGGAUCAAAACAUUGUAAAUCAAACCAGAGAUGGAGCAGACAGAAGUGCAACAUGGCAAGUUGAAUUCAUUGAAGGGCAGUCUAAAAUUAGAUUGAAGAGCUGUUAUAACCGUUACUUGACAGCAACAGAGAUGCCAUUUCUGUUGGGAUGGACAGGAAAGAAGGUUUUACAGACUGUGCCCUCAAGGCUAGAUUCCUCUGUUGAAUGGGAACCAGUCCAGGAUGGGAAUUCUCAUAUUUUUCUUAAAACAAAAUAUGGGACUUAUCUGCGCGUAAAUGGGUUCACUAAACCUUGGAAGGACAGAGUAACCCAUGACGUUCCACGCAGAACAAUUACACAGUAUUGGGUUUUCUGGGAGGUUGAAGUAACAGAAAUUGACAUGAUCUCUCCGAGUGUUUCUCUAGCAGAGUCAGGCCCAUCUCCAUCAACAUCACCACCCAGUAGGCCGAGUCCAACCAGUCAGGAUGACAGUGGAAAUGGAAGAGGGAGUGGACGAGUUAUCUAUUAUGCAGUAGGUGAUGAUAAUGGAAACAUAAAAGAGGGGUAUGAAUGGCCUUAUUUCAUCUUCAAGGGAAAUGACAUGUACAGCUUGACAGUAAAGCUGGAAGAACAAGCUGGGCUUCAAGACAUCAUUGUUUGUGCACAUCAUCCUUUCACAGGAAAAUUGUUUCCAGUGGCUUUGGAGCUUCCUCCCAACAACGUACCAAUGCAUUUGGUGCUGCUUCAACCAUCAUCCAAGGGACUACGGAGAGCAGAUUGAAAUGUUGACUCAGAAGACAAUUUGUUGAAGGCAGACAUGUUUAUAAAGAACAAAUUGCAUUCCUGCAUCAAUAAGAGCCAUAGCCCAAAAGAUGGAAGUGAUGUAUGCUUCAGCCCAUGCCUAUACUAAUUUUUUUGACCUCUGAUUCUAUAUUUUCAAGGUAGACAAUUAUUCCCCUCUAUACAGAGCAUGGGUAUGUAGGGAAACACACUGUAAUGACCUUGCUGGAAACUUGGUCACUCAGUUUCUUUUGUAAAAAUAUCACCAUGAACUACAUAUGCGUCAAUUUUGACAAAAUAAGAAGUCAGCUUAAAUUGUUAGAGUAAAGAAAUCUAAUUAAAUGAAGCAUUUUAUUGCCUAAAAUGGCUUAUAUGGCCUUUAUUUUAA